AUGGGUGAAGUUUGUGAAGGAGUAAAGUUCGUGGAUAUUCAUGUCUUGUUGGUGGAUGAUGAUGCUACCUCUCUAGCCGUGGUGUCCACCAUGCUUAGAGUUUGCAAAUGCCAAGUUGUGACGCUCAAGAAUCCAAUGGAAGCACUUGAUACUCUUAGGGCAAGAAAAGGGUUCUUUGAUCUUCUUGUCACUGAUCUUCACAUGCCUCAAUUGAGUGGCCUUCAAUUACAGAAGCAAGUAAUGCAGGAAUUCAAGCUUUCCGUUAUCACUGAUGAAAAGCCUAGUGUGAUAUUGAAGAGUUUAGAGGAAGGUGUUGCAUUUUACAUGGUAAAGCCAAUAAGCCUAAAUGAUGUCAAACAUGUAUGGCAAUAUGCUAUUACACCCAAGAAGGUUUCACCUGAUCAAACAAGAACCAUUAUCCCACAUGAACUUUCCAUCCAGAUUCAGAAAUCUUCGUUUAAGAACUCGAGUUCUUCCCCGUCUUGUUCGAGAAGGGAAAUCAAAUCUAAAUCUGCAGAACCCAAGAACAAGAAAGCCAAGGAAAGUAAGGUUGCUAAGAAUUCCAUUGGCAUAAGAAAGCCAAAGGUUAUUUGGACAAAUUCACUUCGCAAUCGCUUUCUUCAAGCCAUUAAACUGAUAGGGCUUGACAAGGCUGUCCCAAGGAAGAUCCUUGAUUUCAUGAAUGUUCUUGGCUUGACUAGAGAAAAUGUUGCCAGCCAUUUACAGAAGUACAGAAUUUUCUUGAAAAGAGUGGCAGAAAAGGGUGCUCGUUCAAUAAAGAUAUAUUGUGAUAGUGUAUUGCAAAUAUCAAAUUCUGCUGCAGCUCAUGUUCAAUACCCAUUAUACAGAUCAAAAUUGCAAGCCCAACAUCCAAAUUUCCCUCAAAAUCAACAAUUGAUGGCUCCUUUAAACAACCAAUCUCCUACUUUGGGCUCCUUGAAACAACCAACCCCUCAAAACCCUAAUCUUGAAGGAGCUUCCAUGGAAAACCCUUUGGCCCAUUUUUGGAAUCAAAAGUACUCAACUCUUUUGACCAUCAACAAACUUAACUUCCCUAAUUUCAAUGGGGAUCAAAAUUUCGUGUUGGUAAGAAAUGAAAACCCUAAGUGUUCGAGCGAUGGACCAGGAAGAACAACUGGAGAGGAUCGAAUGAUUUGUUCGAGUCGAAAUGGGGUAUGCAACGUGCAAGCUUCUGAUGAUCUCAACAAUGGGGGAAGUGCAUCAGUAGGGUCAUAUUUUGGGCAAUUUGAAGGUACAAAUCAACCUUUACCAGUGGUUUCUAACAUAAACGUGGAGACAAAUGUGUUAGUUUCAUCAGAAGAAGAGGUGGGGAAUGAUAAUAUAUGGAAAGCAGCUAAUGAGAGCAAUGCCUUUGGUGAUAUUGGUGAAGACCAAAGUUAUAUUGAUGUUCUUAGUGACAUUUUCAUGGGGCACAACGACACUCAAACUUCUUUACCGGUUCGUUUUCGUACAUAA